GGUUGACCAGAGCAGCAGCAGCAGGAUGGCCGACCAGAGUAGGCAAAUAAAACUCGCUGCGGCCAAGAAAAAGCUGAAGGAGUUUCAGCAGAAGAGCUCCCCUGUUAGUGGAGGAGGAGAAAAGGGAGGAGGAGGUGGAGCGGGGGCCAAGAAGAAGAGGAAGGUGAAAGGACCAAACCAAGUGGAUACACCACCAUCAGACAGAAACUCUCCAGAUAAUUUUGACAAUAUUCUGAAAGCACUUAGUCAAAGCAAUGGAGUAGUCCUCCCUUCUUAUGCCAACUGUCAGACCUUCCCUGAAGUGGAGGCUGUGGGAUCCUCAGUCUCCCAGCAGCUGGAGGAGCUGAACAGCGAGCCCGGUCGCGCCUCACCUGCGUCUAACCCUGCUAGCGCUAACACUGCUACUAACCCCGAGUCUGUUGGUCACAGCGCUGACCUGCAGCAGGACUACCCCGACACAAAUGGCAAUGACAGUUCAAUGGACGAGAACCGACCGCUUUCUUCCACAGAGAGCCUGCGACAGCUCUCACAACAACUAAAUGGCCUGGUCUCCGAGUCAUCCGCUGCUUACGUGAAUGGAGAUAGCGCACCUGCUGUCAGUGACAGAGACCUGGAGAGUCGGAACCAGGAGCUGGCAGCCGCCCUGGAAUCCAGCAACCUAACAAACUCUCAGCUCAAUACCAAGCUAGACCAGCUGGCACAGCAAUCUCAGGAGCUCACAGAGCAGCUGCAAAAGGAGCGGAAAGAAUUUGAGCAGAGGUUUUCAAAAGAGCAGGGGGCUAUGCGGGAGCAGUUGCAGGUUCAUAUCCAGACGAUUGGCAUACUGGUAUCAGAGAAAUCCGAGCUACAGACAGCACUACAGUACACACAACAGGCGGCGCGGCAGAAGACAGCUGAUGCAGAAGAGCUCAACAACCGUCUGCAGGCAGCAAAGCAGAGAGUGUCUGAACUGGAAAGAACUCUGUCUUCUGUCUCAACACAGCAGAAACAAUUUGAAAAGCACAACAAAGAGCUUGAGAAGGAGCGGGACAGCCUGAGGCUGGAGGUGUUUAGAGUAAAUAAUUUAAACGAGGAGUCGAGGCAGCAGAACUCGGAGCUGUCGGAGCAGUUAAAACUGAGCACGCAGGACAACGGCGGGUUGAGGCUGGAGGUGGAAGACCUCCGCAAGCGGCUCGAGUUCGCUGACCUCAUGUUACAGCAGUACUCCAGUCAGUCAGAUCCCAGCAGUGCCAACCAGCAGGUGCAAUUACUGCUGGAAGAGAAGCAGCAGCUGGAGGUACACAAUCACCAGCUGAUGGAGUCCAUUGCCCAGCUGAAGACAGAGAGAGAUUGUUACGCAGAGCAGAUCCAGGAAGAAGGUCGCGUUUGGAAAGACAAAACAGAACAGCUGCUCACACAGGUAUCGUUGGUUGCAGAGGAGCGGGACAGAAACAUCAGCAGAGUUGAAGAACUGGAAGCCAGCAUUGCAGAGCUAAAAAAUGCUGCAGCAUUACUGACCCAGGAGAGGGAAGCUCUGGAUGGUGCAGAACCUCAGCCAUCAGGACCCUCAGAGAGUGAGCUCGCUCUGCAAGAGGCCUUCAACAGCCUGCAGCAGGAGAAGGAUGCUGUUGCUGCUCAGUACCAGGCACAACUGAGAGACAACGAGCAGCUGAGCCGCCUGUGUGCCGAGCAGGAGGCGCGUCUCGGGGAUCUGGAGCAGCAGGUUCACAGCCAGGCCCAGGAGGAGGAGGACCGCCGGCGCAUGCUGGAGGACGUGCAGUCGGACAAGGCCACCAUCAGCCGUGCUCUCACUCAGAACCGCACGCUGAAGGACCAGCUGGCCGAGCUGCAGAACGGCUUCGUCAAACUGACUAAUGAGAACAUGGAGCUGACCACUGCCAUUCAGUCAGAGCAGCAUGUGAAAAAAGAGCUGGCUCGCAGAAUGGGUGAAUUGCAAGAGGAGCUACACAAUCGCAAAGAAGAGCUGGAGCUGAAAUCCAAGGAGUACCAGGGUCUGAUGGAGCAGAGGGAUCAGGUUGUGGCCCACCUGCAGCAGUACUGUGCUGGCUACCAGGCCCUGGCCUCAGAGAGGGAACAGCUCCAUCAGCAGUAUCUGCAGCAGAGCCAGCUCAUGGACCGGCUGCAGCACGAUGAAAGCCACGGCCGAGCGCAGCUGGAGAUCAGUCACAAUCAGCUCAAACAGGCCCAGGAGUACUUGGAUCAUCUGGUCAAAGACAAUGAGAAGCUAAAGGCUGAAGUGAAGGAGCUGCUCAGCGGCUCAGCUCUCAUGACGUCCUCCAGAGACCAGGGUGAUGGAGUAGAAAGCCAGUCUCUGCAAGAGAGUCCACAGAAGUCGACUUCUAUCGUGAUCCCAGAUGACUUUGAGAGUCCAAAGGAGAUGGAGGAAUUUAUCCGUGGAGCGCUGUCUCAGCUGGAGGCCGAGAGAGACGAGGCCCGAAGGCAGCUGGAGGAGGAGCACAGGCUUCACUUGGCAGCCCGGCACCAGGCGGCUGUGGCCCUCAGUGCUGAGCAGCAACACCACAGCUUCAAGCCUGUUCACGGCCACGGACACAGCCACGACCAUGACCAUGACCAUGAUCACGACCAUGGCCACGAUCACGACCAUGACCAUGAUCACGACCAUGGCCACGAUCACGACCACGACCACCGUCAUGACCAACAUAACCACUGUGAUCACAGUCAUGAGCAUUCAGAUGGAGGCGUGCCGGUGGAGGUUCAUCAGGCUCUCCAAGCCGCGAUGGAGAAGCUCCAGCAGCGUUUCACCACCCUCAUGCAGGAGAAGGCUGACCUGAAGGAGAGGGUGGAGGAACUGGAGCACCGCUGCAUCCAGCUGUCCGGAGAGACUGACACUAUAGGAGAAUAUAUCGCUCUAUACCAGAGCCAGCGGGCCAUCAUGAAACAGAAGCACCAAGAAAAAGAGCAAUACAUCAGCAUGCUGGCCCAGGAUAAGGAGGAGAUGAAGGCGAAGCUGGCGGAGCUGCAGGAUCUCGUCAUGAGGCUGGUGGCUGAGAGGAACGACUGGUACAACCGUUACAACGGAGCCGUGGCCGGCGUGAGCACCGCGAACCCAGACCUGCUUCCUGUCGGGGAGGAGCACACUCACACGGACCACCGGGCGCACACACACCCAGAGCUGGAUGCAGUCAGUGGAGCAGAAGCCAUGGAGGUCAUCCCGCUGUCAGAGCCCACCACCGACCUGGAGGCCACCUCACCCCAGCCUCAUUUGCUCGGCUCCGUUCAGACUGAUUCCAAACCGCUGGCACCCAAAGAAGACGCCACAGCUCAGCAGAUCAUGCAGCUGCUCCACGAGAUCCAGAACCCGCAGGGGGCUCCUCGCCCGCCGCCCUUCCUCGGGGAGAACCCCUGCAUCCCCUUCUUUUAUCGGCCUGACGAACAGGAUGAAGUCAAGAUCCUGGUGGUGUGAGGCUAGGCAGGUGUGUGUAUGCCCGUGAGUGUGUGAGAUAUCGGACAAGUCUUGAAGUCUGGGGAAUGUCGAGUCCCUCCCCACAGUUUACUUGUAGCUUAUUUGAUCACAUUCACAAACACUGAAAAAUCUGACACCGCGCACAGUUGGUCACAUCUUCAUCCAGCUGCAUUUAAACCCCCCGUUUGUUGUGUUUGUCAGCACUUUCUUGCCCGCUCUUGAAAUGAAAGAGGAUUUGUCUUUUUUAUUUGUGAUGCCCUUCCCAGAGACGAGAUGAUCAGUAUUCCUAAAAGAGAUGCGAUUAUUCUCCUUCCUGCAAUUUUAAAUUCCCGUCUCACACAUAUGUGCAAUAAAGGGAGCUUCAUUAUCUCUCCCUUCACUGAUUGAGUUCUUUACAUAACUGUAAAAAAGAAAGAAAAAGAGCAACUUGUUCAUGUGCAACUUCAUUCGAGUGCAGAUCUUGGUUUUGUUUCACUGUAGCACAUGCCAAAAUAGAGCAUCGCAGUUGAAUGUAAUAACCCAAGUGUUUGCCCGUGUUUAAUGUGAAGAGAAGGUUGCAGUUGGAGGAUGUGGGAUGAAGUGGUUUAAUUUAAAAUACAGAAAAAAUAACGAGGGUCAGGCUAAGUCAGUGAAAGAAAUGAGCGCACAUAAUAGCUUUUGAAACAGUCGCUGCUGCUCUGGUUUCAAGUUGGCAACUCGUUUAGUUUCUCAACUGAGUUCAGGAAGACAGAAGCAGAUGUUGCUGAUACCGUUCCUUUUCUUAUUCUUUUUUUUUUUUUUUUUUUUUUUUUCUGUCACGAUGUGACACUGAGUCAAAUCGUAGAACAUAGCCAGUCCAGGUUACAGAUUUUAUUUGGAAACGUUCUCCUCCUUGUCAUUCAGAUAAAUGAGAUGGAGGUGCUUUGCUGAGUCCUGCUGCUCUCAUUUUCUGUCUUCAUAGUGUCCCACUUUAUCUUCUCCAUGAGUAAGACAUACGGUUUUGGGAGAAGUCAUUUUUGUCUCGAUGUCUACUCAUAAAUUGUCUUUCUCAGAUUUUGUGUUUUCUGGUGCUUCGGGGCAUUUGGCCAUUUCCUUUUACAGACUCAGUUCACGUGUGACACAUAACUUACUUUCUCUUAGUCUUCAGCAGAACUUCUUCCACUGAACUCCUGUGAUUUUAAGUGUUUAAGGCUGUUUUCACACUUGGAGUGCAAUUUCCUAGUUAAAAACAUGAGGGGAGUUGCAUUUCAAUUGAAUAAGAGACGGAUGCUGAUAAACUUUGGGUUAAAUGUGCUUGUGGGACUAUCUAAGUGAUUUCUCAUUUGUUUUUGUUUUUUUGUUCUUUUUUCAUUUUCUAGCUAAGAAAGCAGAAUGGCUUAUAGAAUCCAGGAGAUGCAACAUUUCUCUUUUAAUAACAAAAGCAAAUAAUAUCUGCUGUUUUCCAGUGAUUUCCUGGUGAUGUUUUUUGGUCUUUUUUAAAGGGUCUUCAGUCCAUCCUGCAGUCAUGCAUAUACAACCAAAAGUCAUUGCUGGUUCAGGAGCUCUUACUCUGGUGGAUUUUGCCGUCAUACUUAAACUGCACUAACUUCGAUCACAGCCGGGUCAAAUGUGAUAAGUAUGAACAAAGAUUUAGUUUCUGAGCAGAAUAGCACUAUUAAUAAGAGCCUCCUGUUUUUCUGUUAUGUUUACUUGUAGUCCUGCAUAUCAGAGAUGAAUUCCUGCACAUCUUCAACAACUGGACUGUGUGAGUGUAUGUGGUGCGUGUGGAACCGAAAUCUUUCUUAUUUAGCCAAAAUUGCAUCUGUUGGAUGAUUUUUUUUUUUUUCUUUUUUGUAGAGUUUUAUCAGAUUAUAUAAGUAGUAUUGCACUAAACCUGUACAAAGCUUCUUGUUGUCGCUCUGUCCUCUCACGCUGGUUGGACAGAGACGCUUCCAUCGCUCAGAGCCUCCUCGCUUCUUGUGGAGGCAAAAAA